AUGGCUGACUCCAAGAAGCCGAAUGUGCUCUACAUCAUGGCAGACCAGAUGGCUGCCCCCCUCCUGUCCAUCUAUAACGCCUCCUCCGUCAUCAAGACGCCCAAUCUCGACCGCCUGGCCAAAGAUGGCGUCGUCUUCGACUCAGCGUACUGCAACUCGCCGCUCUGCGCUCCGUCUCGCUUCACCAUGGUCUCGGGCCAGCUGCCUUCCCGCAUUGGUGGCUAUGACAAUGCCAGUGAUCUCCCUGCCGAUACUCCCACAUACGCUCAUUACUUGAGAGAUCAAGGAUAUCACACUGCUUUGUCAGGGAAGAUGCACUUUGUUGGGCCGGACCAGCUGCAUGGCUAUGAGGAGCGAUUGACCAGCGACAUCUAUCCGGGAGAUUAUGGCUGGUCGGUGAACUGGGACGAACCGGACGUCCACAAGGAUUGGUAUCACGACAUGUCCUCGGUCAUGGAAGCCGGGCCCUGCGUUCGAACCAACCAGCUCGACUUUGACGACGAAGUCAUCUAUAAAGCAAAGCAGUAUCUGUACGACCACGCCCGCCAUCGCAAAGACCAGCCAUUCUGCUUGACCGUGUCCAUGACCCAUCCUCACGACCCCUAUGCCAUGACCAAGGAGUUCUGGGAUCUAUACGAGGACGUUGAUAUCCCACUGCCAGCAACUCCUGCCAUCGACCAAUCCAAGCUAGAUCCCCACUCGCGCCGUAUACUGAAGAUUGUCGGCCUGCUGGGCUCAGAAAUUCCAGAUGAACGCAUCAUUGCCGCUCGCCGUGCUUACUUCUCUGCCUGCACCUAUGUCGACACCCAGAUCGGUGUUCUGCUCUCCACGCUCAAGAACUGUGCCCUGGAUGAAAACACCAUCGUCGUCUUCUCCGGAGACCACGGUGACAUGCUGGGCGAGAAAGGACUGUGGUAUAAGAUGUCUUGGUUCGAGAUGUCAGCCCGUGUUCCCAUGCUGGUCUACGCACCGGGACGAUUCCAACCCAAGCGCGUCAAGGAGAACGUAUCAACCAUGGAUCUCAUGCCAACCUUCGUCGCCAUGACCGGCGGAUCACUGUUCCCAGGCCUCCCCGUCGACGGUGUCUCUCUCAUGCCGUACCUCGUCGACGGUGCCCCUGGCGAAAAGACAGACACCGUCGUUGGCGAAUACAUGGGAGAAGGGACUCUGGCACCGCUUGUGAUGAUCCGCCGUGGCCCCUGGAAGUUCGUCUACUCGCCCAUCGACCCUCCACAGCUAUACAACGUUGUGCAAGACCCAACUGAGGCCACCAACCUCGUCGCAGGUCUCCAGCUCCCAGUACUCCCUGACUCUCCUCCAAACGGGGGUCCCGCUGCUCUGCCUACACCUCCAGCCACCUCUCCGCCGGCACUGAAGAAUCAGGCCUCCUUCUUCGCAUCACUCAACGGGUCAAGCCACCUCCCGACACCACCUCACACUCCCAUGCUAGGCAAAAAGGCCACCACCCUGACGGCUGCAGAGAUCACUUCUGCCGCUGUAACAAAUGAUGUCGCCUCGUUGUUCAAGGCCUUCCUUCAGGAAGCUCAUGCCCGCUGGGACUUUGAUGCUAUUCAGCAGCAGGUCUUGAACUCUCAACGCCGUCGACGUCUUGUCUACUCUGCACUCAGUAAGGGCCGCGUCACGACUUGGGACCAUACCCAUAUUGUUGAGGGAAGCUCAGUUUUCAUCCGCAACCAUGGCAAAGGCCCUCUUGGUGAUGUUGAGACCGUUAGCCGUCUGCAUGUUCCAGUUCCAGUUGGACGUGAAGUUCAGUAUCGUCCUUAG